AUGUGCAAGUCUGAUGAGAUGAAAAGUCAAACCAAUAUAACAAAUAAAAUAUGCAUUAUUAACAACCACAGUCUAUUGCAUCAGUUGGCUUCGAGUGGGGUAGCUGGUCGAAACGACGAGAACACCUCCAAAAGGAAAUUCAACAAACCCACAUUAACAUUUUCGACCAAUCCGACAAACAGUUGCAACACUAAUCCUUAUAGGUUGGGUUUUUUCGCUGAAAUAGUUUACAACAAACAGCCAGACCUGCUGCGUCCUCUCUUGUUAAUAGCUGGUUCUGUCAGUAACUACGAAUUAAAAUUAGACAUGAACAUCGGCAGCGUCUGUACUUUUUGUUAUAUCCACCCAGAUGAUGUUCCACAUCUCUUCUAUUGCAUCAACGACCCUACUCAUUUCAACGCAAUGAACUUCUGA